AGACGAGUGGGAAGGAAGAGGCCAAUGAAAGAGCUGGACAGUGAAGAAAAAGGAGUGAAAGUUCCACCCAUAUCUGACAUGAGGAAGUGAGUAACGAUAACUAGAGACGAGGUGAAGGACUGGGAAAAGAAGAGGAAAGAAAAUCAUGGGAAUAUUUCAAAGAGAAAGGGCAAAAAAAUAGUGAAAGUUGUACCCACCUCUAGCUGCAGCGGAGGAACUGACAGUAAUUGGACACCUGUUGAAGGAAUGGAAACAGACCGAGGAAAAAGCGCCAUGACAACCUGAGAGUCAUACCUGCCCCUGACGUGACGAGGAGCUGACAGUAACUGGAUACCUGCUGCUCAGGCUCCCUGGGCAGGUGACGGGGGCAGGGCUGAUAAUAGGGGGCGUGUCGAGGCUCCGAGAGCCGCCGCCAGCAUUCCUGCACAGGCUUGGGAAGGCGUCGCGAGAGGUUGCCCUGGUGCAGCACCGGUGUGGACUCGUAAACUUUCACACACACACGCACACACACACACAAACAGACACAGAUGCACAGUGUCUGCCACGGAGUGUGUGUGUUUGAGUGUGGGGGGAAACUUCACUCCACAGGAAGCGACUGACUAAGCUGCCUUCCACGUCGGACCGUGUGUGUGUAGUGUUUGUGAGUAUGAGUGAGUGUGUGUAAGUGUGUCCGUGCGUGUGUUCCUGAUUUAAGGAAGGUUACAGAGUGUGCUUCCUGCUUUCAAUGGAGGUCCACUGAGUUAAACUUUCUCAGAGUCAUGCCUGACAUGCUCUCUCAAGGACUUCAAGUAAGCUGGUAGCUUUCUAGAGAGAUCGUUUCCAGUCUGCCUCCUGCCAGUGGAACUUUUAAAGUGGAAGAGUGCUUUCCCAUUUUUUUCCCAUUUUUUCACUGGCUUUUAUUUGGAUUUAGGAACUACUGUUUUUUCCUGGAACAAACAAAAAAAAAGUUUGAACUGAAGAGAAGCGGAACUGUUUGGGAUCAUAAAACUUUGGAAUUUGUCAAACUUCAAUGCAUCCAGCGGGACUGAACCAUGGUGUUGCCCUGAGGAAUUGGGGAUAGUGUGACCCUUUGUGGGGGUAUAAUUGUGGCCAAGGUGAGGGAGGGGGAGCCUGGCUGCGCUGCAGGGGCUCUUUGUCCCUCACAAAAGCCGUUUGUUUCCUGCAACCUAGGAAACUGGAACUCAUGCACAGGUGAGCGAGAGAGAGAGGGGGGGUGGAGAGAUGUGGGCCAUCUCGUAGGUUUGCUAAGUAACCCUCUCUCACACACACACACACACACGCUCCAGCACACAGUGGGAUCGUGACUGAACUGGAUUUAUUACACAAACUGGAUUACAGUAAAUGGUUUAAACUCAGAGGGAACGAUUGUAUGAAAACAUGGAGGAUGUAAACAACAGUGAGGGUAGCCUGGACGGGCCAGGGAGGCACCCCUCCAGCCUGCUGCUCAACAAGCUGUCCACCAUGUUUGUACGGGACAAGACGGAGGUAGAUGAGACUGCUGUGUUGACAUCCUUCCGGCCAUUAGCGGAGGAGGAGGGCCACAUCAGGCCUCUCAGCUACAGCCUGUUCGAUGGUGAUCACGACCAGCUGAAAGAGUCAGGAAGCCUUUACAGCUUGUCUCGAGGCAGUGGGCUGCUGUCGAACCCCACCGAGACCAAUCAAGAUGUUGAAUCAUGGGAAAUUAUGACCUUUGGCAAAGAGCAAUCUGUGGAUGAGCCCCGUCUAAACACACAAGCAGACAGCGCUCCGUUCACAUCCACUCCAGAAGUUGCUGACCAUGAUUUGGUUGAGGUGACCAUGGUCGAGGUCUACAGUGACACUGAGCAGGACAAUGAGGAAACGAGCCUAUCGGAAAGGUGCUGGGGCUUCCGAGAGUCCCUCCUCCGGCCGCCAGUGGCUGAGGAUGCUGUAAAUGAUAAAUCAGAUCAAGCGCAGGAGACUGACAGCCGGUGUGAUGAUGUGAUUGAGUCAAACUCAAGCUCGGAGCGUCCCGUGCCCAGCACAGCCGAGAGCCUCGAGGAGUGGUCAGUCAAAGGCAGCUCUGUUCUGGACAGGGAGAGGUCCCAGGACACAGCGCCGUUCUUGGACAUACAGGAGCUCCCUCCCGCCUUGCGCUGGAACCGCCGCAGUCCCCCGAGGACAGAGGACAUUCCCCAGAGCGGCCAGGAGACCGAGGAUGACCACGAGGAAGACAUGGGCUCUGAAGUGUCGAGAGCUCGGCGCCGGCGCCAAGAAGCCAGCCAACUGGAUGCCGAGGCCCAGGAGAGGAGCGAGCCGGAGCAGCCGGACACCUCCGAAGGGGAUCCACUGCUAAUCCUCUCCGCCACCUCAGUCAAGGUCUCCCUGACCAGCAGGAAGAAGGCUUCUUCAGCUGCACCGGCAGGCAGACAUGCAACUGAUGACGGGACGAAUGAGGAUGAAACGUCUGAGUCGCUGAGAGAGAAGCAGUCGGAGGGGAGGGAUGGACGGGAGCAGGACCUCACCACUGGCCUGCCUGACCGGGCUGACAGCCAGCCAGGCCUCAGACGCAGCAGCAGUGGCAGCGGCGACACAAAGGGCCUUUCACAGCUAAGAACAGAGGCCACAGAAGGACCGUCCCUAGCUGACAAUGAGCCAAGUGCCACCUCUCCCGCCAGCGCAAGACAACAGGAGCAGGACACGCCUGCCACCCCCCUCGCCGACCAGUCCCCCUCCUCGUCAUCCACGUCCUCCCCCAGCACCCCUGCGUCACGCUCGGCAACGCUCUCUCCAUUCUCGUCCAGCGGAGAGAGGAGCUUCCAGGUGCCGGCGCUCUUCAGUGGCCUGCGUGUGCUCAAGAAGGGGGCAGUGGGAGAUGAACGUGAGACCCUCGCCAAAAUCCGCCAGCGUGAUGGUGACCGGGCCCUGCUCAGCCUCAAGCAGCACGUGAACAAGGCCAAGCAUCUCCCCGAGCAGCCCGGUGCCAACAGCAGCUCCACAGCAUCCCCAGUCCCCACCAAAGGGAGGCCGGACCCCAGCACAGGGCGACUGAAGGAGCAGUCCAGUCAACUCCUCGAUCCAGAGGGCAAAGAGCGCGGGGUGCAGGAGGGUGGCAGUGACGCCCCGGCACGAGAUCCAGAGAGAGAGGGGGUACCCGAGGACGGACAAGCAGCGGGGGACAAGACUGCUGACGCGCCGGAAGAUUCCGGAGCUGGCAGCAGUGCUAAAACUUCAGAGACGGCUUUCAGUCUCGGAGCCUUCAAGUCCUUCUUCACCCCCAAAGCUGCCAAGAAAGAUGGAGAGGAGGUGUCUGUGGACGUAGAGGCCGUCAAGAGGAAGAGAAGGAGCGAAAAGGAGCUGCUCAAAUCCAUCUUUGAGAGAGCGGCCACCAAAAGCCCAGGAAGUGACCUCAAAGCCGUAACAGAGCUCAAAGCGGAGGUUGCCUCGCCCAGCGACAGUGAAGACCGGACCCCCGGCCGUCUCCAGGCGAUCUGGCCCCCACCCAAGCCCAAAGAUGAGGAGGAGAAGGUGGGCCUACGAUACACUGAAGCAGAGCACCAAGCAGCCCUCCUGCAGCUGAAGAGGGAAUGCAAAGAGGAGGUGGAGAAACUGCAAGCUGAUUUCGAGUUCCAGAUCUUUGAGGUGCGCGGGGAGCAUGCGGUCACAGUGUCGCGGCUGGAGGCAGCCAUCUCCAAAAUGCAGCGCGACCGAUCCUACAUCCCCGGCUACCGGCUGGGGGCGCUGCGCGACGCCUGCGUCUCCACCGAGGACGAGCAGCCGCUGGUGCCCCGCGCCACCCGCAACGUGUGCGUGCAGACGGACCGCGAGACCUUCAUCAGGACACCUGAGGGGGAGGGGCCGCAGCCUGGCACCAGCCCCAACCUCAACGUGCCUAAGAAGCUCGACGCAGACACCAUCAGGAGGGCAGAAGGCGGUGGGGGUCCACCACCACCACCACCACCACCACCCCCACCACCACCCCUGCCAGGCCAAUCAGGAGGGGCCCUCAUCCCUCCCCCGCCCCCAUUACCUGGUAGCACUGGACCACCCCCUCCCCCCCCACCCCCUCCUCUCCCAGGGAUGGGCUCCGGGCCUCCACCACCUCCACCCCUGCCUGGCGUAGGGCCUCCACCUCCUCCGCCACCUCCUCCUGGGUGUGGUCCACCUCCUCCGCCCCCCAUGCCUGGCUCUGGCCCCCCUCCACCUCCACCUGGCCUAGGGGGCUUUGGGUUCAGCCAGCCAGUGCAGGUAGCUCCACGCAAGGCCGCAGUGGAGCCCGCCUGCCCUAUGAAACCUCUAUACUGGAACCGCAUUCAGAUCCAAGACAAUAAUAACAACACCCUGUGGGGGUCUCUGGCUGAGCCAGACAUCGUCGACACUAAAGAGUUUGAAGACCUCUUCUCCAAGGCCAACCUUCAACCAAAGAAGAAACCCCUGUCUGACACCUAUGAGAAAAAAGCCAAGGCCAAAAAGAUUGUCAAGUUGUUGGACGGGAAGAGGUCCCAGGCAGUGGGGAUUCUCAUAUCGAGUCUGCACUUGGAGAUGAAGGACAUCCAACAAGCUGUUUUGACUGUCGACAACUCGGUGGUGGACUUGGAGACCAUUGAGGCUUUAUAUGAAAAUAGAGCGACCAGUGAGGAGCUGGAGAGGAUCAAGAAGCACUACGAGAGCUCCAAGGAGGAUGAAGUGAAACUCCUAGACAAACCUGAGCAGUUUCUCUAUGAGCUCUCCCAGAUCCCAGACUUUUCUGGAAGGGCACACUGCAUCAUAUUCCAGUCAGUCUUCCUGGACGGCAUCUCCUCCAUCCAUCGCAAAGUUGAGAUUGUUUCCACUGUGUGCAAGGGUCUGAUAGAGCAUGACAGCUUAAAGGAUGUAAUGGGGUUGGUGUUGGCCUUUGGGAACUACAUGAAUGGAGGCAACAGGACCAGAGGGCAAGCUGAUGGCUUUGGCCUGGAGAUCUUACCAAAGCUCAAGGAUGUGAAGAGCAGGGAUAGUCGCAUUAGCUUGGUGGAUUAUGUGGUUUCAUACUAUCUGCGUAAUAUGGAUAAGCACGCUGGCACAGAGAAAAGUGUCUUCCCCUUACCUGAGCCUCAGGACGUAUUUUUAGCUGCUCAGGUCAAGUUUGAAGACCUCUUUAAGGAUGUCAGGAAGCUCAAGAGAGACCUCACAGCGUGUGAGAAGAACGUCCAGAAGGUGUGUACCAAUUCGCUCGAAGAGCACCUCCAGCCAUUCAAGGACAAAAUGGAGGCCUUCCUCGCCACUGCCCAGUCGGAUCACACUGCAGAGGAUGAGCAACUACAAGCUGCACAUAAGAGGUUCCAGGACAUGACAAACUACUUUGGUCUAAAGCCCAAGUCCGGUGAGAAGGAGGUGACCCCCAAUCAUGUCUUCAUGCUGUGGUACGAGUUCUGCAACGACUUCAAGAACACAUGGAAACGCGAGAGCAAGACGAUCUCCAAAGAGCGCUUGAAGGAAGCGCAACAGACGGUUCAGAAGAUGACUGCCGAGAAGAGGGUGGAGACCAAAAAGAUCAAUGCAAACAGUCUGAAAGAAAGACUACGCCAGAAGGAAGCGAGUGUGUCCUCCAGCUGAGCGUUGGAGAAAGACAACAAAUACAACAACUACCACCACCACCACCACCACCCCUCCACCAUAUGCCUUUUACUCAUACCUCAGUCUUCCUUGUGUACUACUCACUGCAUACUCCAUAGAGCAGUAUACUACACUGCAAACUGUGUACUAACUACUGUAGACAUCUCAUUUGCAACCCAGCUUCUUCUUUUGCACAUAUUUGAACCAUCAUGUCGAGAAGAUCCAGGGACACAUCACUGGACUUGAGUUUGCAGAAGGUGACCCCUCCAACCCCACACCUUUGAAACACGGCCACUGCAAAGGUCUUUUGGAGCGUGAGGGACUGAUGGCAUUGAACUAAUGACAUAUGAUCCAUCAGGAUUCUUUCUGCUUGUAGGCCUUCCUCUGUGGUGCAGGAAUAUCUUCUCUGCGUGUCUCCUCACCAGGAAUCAACAGCACUGGAAGAGACAUUUUAGACACAGCAUCUAGAGUUGCGUUAAGGAACUGAUGCACAACCAGAUAAACAAUAUCAAGCUAAGAGGAGUAUACCAGAAUAAGCAAUCACAAUAGCAGUGGCUUGGGGGGGCUUGGGAAAACAAGAGCAAUAAUAUGUAAAUAUGCCAAAGAUGACCUUUUCAAACACCUGGGCGCAUCAUUGUAGCCAUCCACAUGCCUCUGACUCUAAGAGGUCAUACUAGAGCUUAAAACACACACACACACACACACACACACACACACACACUAAUGUGCGUACACCACUUUCUGAUGAAAACCCUGGAGUGUCAUUAUGGAUAGAAAAAUUGAUGUUUUGGUUCUCUCUUUUUUUCUUUUUUUCUUUUUUUUUUUGAACCAGACUGACCCCUACUGGAAGACAGCCAGGCAUCACCAGACUGGAUAUUUACAGUGCCUGGUUCUUAAAAACGUCAUCGCUCUUCAUCCUGUUUUCAAAAAAAAUCUGCCCAUCAGGAGAAAAGAGCUGAACUUGUUUGGUGCGUGUCUGGUUAACAACAUUUACAGUAGUGGACCCUCAACCUUCAAACAGAUCUUUUUCAAGUUCAAAUAGGUGACACACGUUUCGUUCCUCAUAAUGUUAAGACAGAGUCCUUUCCUACUUCCAACAGCUGUUGUUAGUUUGCCGUAUUUUCCUUUGCCAAAACGGUACUUGAUCAGAUGUAUUGCACUUUUGCACCUCUUUUUGAACUCCUAUGCAAUUCUUUGAUUUUCUUUGCUGUAAAAAAACAUUUGUGAAUUCACACCUUAUACCGAAAAGAUGGAUAGUAUAUUUAUUUUAACUAAAUAUUUCUAUUGUAUGCUUUUAAAAGUUAAAGAAUAGCAACGUACUUCCUGAGGUGACAUGGAUCCAUAUUUAUAUGAAAAGCAGAUUUAUUUUAUGCCAAAAUGUCAGUUGCCUGAAUGCUUAGGAUUGAAUUCUGUCUGUGAUUAAACCUAUAUAGCAGAAUGAAUUAGACAGGUGGAAAA